AUGCGUGCUUUCCUUGUGAAUGAGUAUGCGCACCCAGCGCAGGUUUCACUGACCAUCAACGCGCCUGAGCCUACACCAGCCAAGGACCAAGUACUGGUAGAUGUAUUCAGCGCUGGCCUAAACUUCUUUGACAUUCUCCAAUGCCAAGGAAAGUAUCAAAACCAGCCACCAUUUCCCUUCGUCCUAGGCACAGAGUUCGCUGGUAGGAUCGCGAAAGACUCGCCUAUUCCGGAGGGCUGUCCAUUCAAACCAGGAGACAGAGUCUUUGGUGCUGCUCAAGGAGCGUUCGCCGAGAAGGUCCCCGCGCCAUGGUCACAAUUACUUCCGCUUCCGAACAACAUGACAUAUGACCAAGGGGCAGGGUUGUUCGUAACUUGGCCGACCAGCUACGAAGCCCUCGUUGGACGCGCAGAGCUCAAACCAGGUGAAUGGGUCCUCGUAACUGCCGCUGCAGGUGGUGUAGGCAUUGCCGCGGUGCAAUUGGCGAAAGCACUGGGUGCAACAGUUAUAGCAGCGGCAGGCUCUCAGGAGAAGCUCGACGUAGCUACUCGUUAUGGUGGAGCUGACCAUGCUGUCAACUAUACCAAACCCAACUGGCAGCAGGAUGUCCUCAAGAUUACUAACGGAAAGGGCGUCGACGUCGUGUACGACCCGGUGGGUCUCAUAAGGGACUGCCUGAAGUGCAUUGCUUGGAAGGGCCGUGCUCUUGUUGUUGGUUUCGCUGCGGGUCAGAUCGAGAAGCUACCUCUUAACCUGGUGCUGCUCAAGAACAUAUCUAUCGUUGGUAUCCAUUGGGGAGCCUACUCGAAGCUUGAACCGCAGCAUCUUCCAGUAGUGCACACAGCGCUGCUCGACCUGCUUGCGUCCGGUCGCGUAAAGCCUGUAGUGUAUACUGACGUCUUCCCCCUCGAGCGGCUGGUCGACGGGCUCUUGGCUUUGGAGAAACGGAGGACAUGGGGCAAAGCAAUAGUGCGCAUACGGGAUGAACAUGAGACUGAGAAGUCGAGGUUGUGA